GAGUGCUGCACACUGACUACUCUAAAGGUGACAUGUGUGCUGCCAGCUGCCCUGGAGACGACCGUGAAGACGUUUGGCAAGAUGGACGUCCUCUGCAACAACGCAGGUGUUCUGAACGAGGACGACUUUGAGAAGACUGUGGCCAUCAACUUUGUGGCGGUGAUCAGAGGAACUUACCUGGCACUGCAGCACAUGAACAAGAUGACUGGAGGACAGGGAGGCGUCAUUGUCAACAUUUCAUCCAUGGCAGCGUUCAAACCUCUGCCAGGCCUGCCCGUCUACAGCGCCACCAAGAGCGGCGUCAACGUCUUCACACGAGCCAUGGCGGAUAUCUCCGACAGGUUGGGCUACGGCGUGCGCGUCAACGCCCUUUGCCCCGCCUUGGUCCAGACCGACAUCUUCACCGGGCUGCAAGCCAAGAUGGGUCCGUUCUGCCAACUGGAGGGACCCACGCGGGAAGUGGUGGACAAGCUCGGCGUGCUAAGCGUCUCCCAGGUGGCCGAGAGCUUUCUCCAGCUGGUGACAAACGAGUCCAAGAACGGGGAAGUCGACCUUCUGGCCGCCAACGGAAUGACGAGCGACCAGAAGCCAAAAUGAUAUGACAGAGUGGACCCAAUUCAGGAUUUUUGAUUGAUUGAUUGAUUGAUUGAAACUUUUAUUAGUAGAUUGCACAGUACAGUACAUAUUCCGUACAAUUGACCAAUAAAUGGUAACACCCGGAUAA